AUGUCUGAGAUAAAGCCCAGCGAACCUCUGGAGAUUGAGGAUGCUUGCGACAAUGUCUCUGCAAAAUCCACAGACCCCCACGAUGUCGACCGCAUGAUGGUCAACGACGACCGAGCCCCAGAGGCUCGCGGCGCAACCACAAACACCAUCCCGCGCAGCUAUUGGUACAGCUGGGAGUUCAUCGGAACCUUUAUUGCCAUCAUCCUGGCCAAAGACGCCGGAAGUGGCGGGUUCAGUCUAGCUGCCCCUGUUCUCAACGACAUCGACCGUGAGAUCGGCCCAGAUCCCGACAUCACCUGGGUUUCACUCGCGUGGACUCUGACUCAAGGUAUAUCGACCCUGAUUAUCGGUCGCCUUUCCGAUGUCUUUGGCCGGCGGUGGAUCUUUAUCUCUGCGUCUGUCCUCGGCACGGUUGGUGCCAUCUGGGCCUCGCAGGCUACUUCGGUCAAGCAGCUUAUCGGAGCAACGGUGCUCCUGGGUCUCGCUGGUGGAGUCCAGAUCAGCUACUUUUGGAUCAUCAGUGAGAUUGUGCCCAUGAAGUGGCGCUUCGUCGCCAACGCCAUCGUCUACGCGUGCAGUUUCACUAGCUGGCUGGGCCCGAAGAUCUCAUAUGAUUUCUUCACCCAGACAGACGUGGGUUGGCGUGGGAGUUACUACCUUCUCGUGGCGCUCAAUGGUCUUUCGACACUCUGCUGGUGGGCCUUCUAUCACCCGCCAACUUUCAAGAUGCUCCAUCGCCGGCAGGCUUUGUUCAGGCUCCUCCUAUCAUUUGACUGGGUUGGGCUCCUCCUAUACGCCGCCAGCUUUACGUGCUUCCUGAUCGGCCUCAACUGGGGCGGCAACAGAUACCCCUGGGACAGCGGCCAAGUGCUUGGAACAAUGAUCAGUGGAAUCGUCGGCCUCGCCCUCUUCCUAGGCUUCGAAAUGUGGCUGCCGUCCUACACCAAGUCCAUCACCCCCUUUGUGGAAAUUCAUUUCUUCACCAACCUCCCGCUAAUGGCCAUCACCGGCAUGACCUGCGUCGCCGGCUCGACAUACUACGGCUGGGCCUCCGUCUGGCCUGGUCUUGUCUCCAACGUCUGGACCGACCUUGGCCACGACAAGACCGGCAACAUGCUCUCGCUGUUCGUGCUGUGCUACGUGUGGAGCCAGGCUGUCGGCGGGCUCAUCGCCCACUUUGCACGCGUCAAACUCCCCAUCUGCAUCUCGACGAUCGUCGCAACGCCGCUCCUCGGCGCGCUGGCCGCAGACCCAUUCAACAUGACGCUGACCAGCGUGCUCAUGGGCCUCGGCAGUUUCUCCCUGGGGAUAAUGGAAGGCAUCGCGCUAACAGCAACAACAUACCCGCUGCGCUCGCAGGAGGAAAUCGGGAGCGCUGGCGGGCUCACAGGGACGAUCCGGCUGUUCUUCUCGACCAUCGCAACGGCCGUCUACAACACCGUGAUCCGCAACCGGCUGAACACGACAAUCCCCGUGAAUGUCGCGCCCGCAGCAAUUGACGCAGGGCUCCCCGCGUCGUCUGUCGAGCAGCUCAUCGCGAGUCUUCGUGCGGGGACGCCGCUGAACAACAGUACGCUGAUUCCCGGAGUGAAUGGCGCGGUGGAAGAGGCAGCGAGGCUGGCGUAUCGGGUUGCGUACUCGCAGGCGUACCGUACGGUAUUUCUCGUCUGUAUCGCGUUUACGGUGCCUGGGUGCUUGCUUUGUUGGUGUGUGGUUGAUGCGAAUGAGAAGAAGGACGAGUUUAUUGCGGGGCAUUUGCAUAAGAGGGCGGAGAAGAAGAGGCUGGAGGAGCAGGAAGGGUGA